CUAUUCAAAACAAAAAUUGCUCCAAAGAUGGUCUACAUACUUGAGUACGCUAAAAGUGAUAGAAGUAAUUGUAAUGGUGCCAAAGAUUUAUGCCCUUCAAGGGAUCGCACGAUUGGCAAAGGUGAUAUAAGACUUGGAGUGGAAGUAGCACAAUUUCACGGUGUUAUUUAUCGUCAUUGGACAUGUGCAACGCCUACGGUGAUUGAAAACAUGAAGAAAUCUGCAGGUUCUGUUGAAAAUAUUGUUGGUUUUGAUAAGCUUCGUGAAGAAGACCAAGAGCGUGUUCGUCGGGCGUGGGAUUUAGGCGAAAUACCUGAAAACGAACGUCCUGAGCCGUAUGUUCAGAAGGAAGAAGAUGAAGAAGAAGAAGCUACAGCAGCUGACAACAACCGAGACAACGAGGAUCAUGAUGAUGACAACCAACAGAAAAAUGGCAAAGAAAGCAAGCCAGUGAAAGAAGAACAUGGCAAAGAAAAUCACGGAAGGUAAGCUUCAAGUGUUUUUAUAGAUACAACUUUAGUAAUAUGUCCAAUAUGAACAUAGCCAAAAUAGUGACAAGAAGCAUACCACCAACCAUAGCAAAAAACACGCCAAUAACAACAGUAGGAAAGAGACAG